AUGCCCGACUGCUUGGACCUGCUCACGGGCACAGGAACGUUCUUCCAGCAGCAGCGCAUCAGAGACCCACGGCCAGGAACAGCAGGGUCGGGAAUCAGCAUCCUGGGAAGAGACUGGUUCCGACUGCUAGGCAUAACACUGGAAGGACUACACCAGCUCAACGGAGCUCCAGCCUACGAGAGUUCCAGUCGAGAAGUCCAACCAGCUGCACGCAACCAGAGCAAGGUGGUGACGAGCGUGACAAAUCUGCUGCAGGAUUAUCCAGAUGUGUUAAAGCCUGGGCUGGGCAAGAGCAGGGGUCUUCCUGUGCGGAUUUCAGUGGAGGAGCAAGCCACGCCUAAGUUUCACAAGCCACGCCAAGUACCUUUCGCGCUACUGCCCAAGGUGGAGGAAGCCAUCGAACAGUUGGUGGAGCAAGGCAUUUACGUUCCCAUUAAGCAUUCCCGCUGGGCGACGCCAAUUGUCCCGAUUCUGAAGAAGAACGACGGAAACAUGAGAAUUUGUGGGGACUACAAGGGAACGCUCAAACUAGUCGUCAAGUGGGAGACGUGUGCGCUUCCAACUCCAGAACAACUGCUCGCAAGACUGGGAGUAUGUACAGUGAUUUAUCGGCUGGACUUGGAUCAAGAUUAUCAGCAACUCUGUGUCGAUGAGGACACCGCCAUGCUGCAGACCGUGACAACUCACAAGGGCCUGUUCAAGGUGACGCGAUUUCAGUUUGGUGUGGCAGUCGCCGUAACCAUCUUUCAGGGUUAUAUGGAAGGACUAUUGAACGGACUGGAAGAGGUUCAGUGCUUUCUGGAUGACAUCCUAAUUGGUGGAAGAACCGUUGCUCAGCAUGACGAACGGCUGCGCAAGGUCCUGCAGCGUGUCCAAGACGACGGGCUUCGCCUGAACGCCGAGACGUGUGCAUUCAGGGACAAGGAAGUGACGUACCUGGGGUACCGGGUCAACAAGGACGGAAUAAGUCCUUUGCGUGUAAAAGUGGAAGGCAUAAAGCAAGCUCCGGAACCGAAAAACAAGAAGGAGCUGCAGUCGUUGUUGGGAGCCUUAAAUACUUAUGGCCGUUUCUUGAAAGGAGCGACACAUGUGUUGGAACCACUACACCGCCUCCUGGACAGGGAUAAGGCAUGGAGUUGGACCGAGACGAAAGCGAAGGCUUACCAGAGUGCCAAGAACCUGUUGGAAUCAUCAUCCGUCUUAGCACACUAUGAUGUGACACGUCCCAUAGGGCUGGCCUGCGACGCGUCUCCGUGCGGGCUGGGUGCGGUACUGAGCCAAGUGCCCGAGGAAUUCCGUCCUUUUGUGGCCAGGAAGAACGAACUGUCCACCUACCGAAAUUGUGUACUGUGGGGAUCUCGUGUUGUGAUUCCCAGUUCCGCACAGGCCCAGGUCCUAGGCAUCCUACACACCAUGCACCCAGGCGUAGUACAGAUGAAAGCUCUUGCACACAGCACCGUGUGGUGGCCGGACAUCUGCAAUCGCAUAGAGCGCAAAGUAGCUGGCUGCCAAGUGUGCUAA